AAGAUGAAGCAGUUUUAAUUAUUUUGCUAAAUUAGUCAGAAUUACGUCAUAGAUGUGUCGAAAAAAGUCCGACUUGACGUGACGUAAUGACGAAGUGUCAAGAGUUUAUUCGUGUAAGAUAAAAAACGAAUCGGUCUACGUCAUCGAUGCAGAUGCGGUGGUGCGAGUUAGUGGCACAAACAUCUGAUGGAGAAUCGGAGGAAACCUCACUCCAGCAUGUCGAGGAAAUGCCAUUUUAAGUACCGUUACCCUGUAUUCCUUUGCUUGUGUUUAGUUCACCUGUUUGCGUGUACUUCUGCCUUUUCAACGUAUAGAUUUCAAAACGCACAUGACACGCUUUGCGAUAAGCUCAGUCAAAGCGUUUCCUCCGCGCGGUCGCGUUUGGAGCCGCAGCCUUCUUAUUACCGAGCUCCUCAGCGGCACCUGAACGCAGCACCGGACGGCCCCAAAACACAGGUCGCGCUUCCCGGGAUUUUCCCGCGUGCCGUUGCCAUGGAGAUGAGUUUGUCUCUUUCCCCCGGCUCACACGGAGUGAGUGGUUGUGCUUGAACGUCACGUUAAAACCCGGCGUGCCCGUGACUGCCGUCGCCGCCCCGACGAGCUUCGGAGCGGCCGAGUGUGAGCACCUUUAAUUGAGGUUUCCCGCACCGCCCUUCCGGCCCCGUGAUGAGCUGCCGGGCGGCAGAGGGCCGCCUGCAGGUCCUUCAGAUCUACCGCUUGCUGCAGUGCGUCCAUGAAGGCAACAAGGAGCAGAUAGAGAAGAUGGUGAACCUCGCGGUGGAAAACCUCAUCAACCUCACGGAGCCGCGAGGCGGCACGGGGGCUCUUCAUGUGGCGGCGUCAGCUAACAAUCGGGACAUGGUGAGCUUCCUUCUCUCUCUGGGAGCGCACCCUGACAUCCAGGACGGGAACGGCCACACUCCGGCUAUGUUAGCUGCUGAGCUGGGCAAUGAUUCCAUAAUGUCUCUGUUGGCCCAGCGCCACGCUGAUAUGGGCCUUCGAGACACUGAGGGGAAAGGUGUGCUCUUCUACUGCAUCUACCCCACCAAGGGUCACGCCCGCUGCCUGCAAAUAGCUCUGAAGGGCCGGGCAGACGUCAACAACGUUUCGGCGCAGGGAACUCACGUCUUCCAGUCAAUGUGUGAAAAAGCCCAGGAGUGCAGCCCGAUGUGUCUCAUCGUGCUUGUUGCAGGUGCAGAUCCUAACGCAACAAAUCAGAAAACGGGUGUCACGGCGCUGAUGGAGGCGGCCAAGGCGGGCUCCCUGCGGCUCCUUAAAGCCAUUCUCAGGAAAGGGGGAAACCCCAACGCUCUGGAUCGAAGACUCCUCACAGCGGUGCACUAUGCCGCCAUGGGGGGCUUUUUAGAGUUGAUUCAGGUGCUGUCGGCACACUCAGCAGACAUGGGGGUGAUGAACCAGGAGAACUGCACGGCCCUCCACUACGCCGCCGCCACGGGCAACGCUGGCUGCUGCAGGUUCCUGGCCCAGAGAGGUUGUAACCCCAAACUGAAGAACCUGGAUGGUUUGCUGCCGCGUCAGAUUGCCAGAGACGCUGGUCACAAAGCAGCAGCCAAGGAGCUGAGGAAGGCGGAGCGGCAGCAGGGGAAAGGCAGCAAAUCCAACAGCGUAGGCCUCACGUCAGAUGUUUGGGCCCUGAACCUCCACGACUGGACUCACGAGUACGAGGCUGAAUUGCACCAAGCCUUUGGCAGCAGCUCGGCCUCCGUUACCACCGACGUGUUUAUCUCAGUGCUGGAAAUUCUGAAAGCUCCAGUUGGACCAGAGCAGCUCAAGACGGUGAUCUCAGCACACGAGGGAAAAGAGGGCUGCGUCAACAUUAAUGACUUCAUCAAAGGUGUCAAGUACAUCAAGAAACCAUUCCUCCACUCCUCCUAUAUGCCGAAAAAGAAAAAGGGAGAGAAAAAAGGAAAAGGAGGCAAGAAGAAGGGUAAAUUUGACCUCCCCUUGCCCAUUUGCACCCUCCCACCGGAGCUCAUGCCCCGGCGGGCGGACGGAGGUCCACCCCACUUCAUGAUCAAGACAUACUUCAACUGCUCGGACACCCGCCGGUUCGACCGCGAUCAUCCGCCACAGCAUCCCAUCAUGAAUGACUCAGGAUGGUAUUUGGAAAAGCCAGAGGACGUCUACGCCAACAUCAGCUACUGUGUGAAGAGCGGAGACCUGGAGUCUCUGGACCUCGCUCUCAAUCAAGGGGUUCCUGUGGAUGUCCAAGACCAGUUCUACAAGACCCCGCUCAUGGGGGCCUGCUGCUCCGGCAACUACGAGGUGGCUCAGUACCUCCUCAGUCGGGGGGCGGAUGUGAAUGUGUGUGACCAGUUCUUCUGGACGCCCCUCCACCACGCCGCUCGCGCUGGCCACGUGGAACUCGUUGAACUUCUGGUGGCGGCCGGGGCCUCCAUCGAGGCCCGGGCCCUCGGCGGAGGGACGCCCCUCAUCAGAGCCAUCGAGAGCUCUCGACCCUCCUGUGUGGACUUCCUCAUAAAGGCCGGCGCCAGUGUCACCGCAGAGAACAAGAAAGAACAAAAUUGCCUCGACAUCGCCAGAGCUUUUGCGGACUCAAGGAUAAUUGACUUGGUCAAAGACAAGAUGGACUCCCUGCCCAAAGCAAAGGAGGCGGCGAAGGGAAAGGGGGCCACGGCUCAAAAGGCUAAACCUGCUCGGGAAAAGGACGUUAUCGCAGAAACCUCGGCGCACGCGGAGCCACCGGCAGCCGCUCGUCUUCGGAGGGAUUCCAGCAGCGUCCCGCUGCUAAACACCAGGAUUACGAGCAGGAGAACCAACGCAGUGGAUAUCGCCUUUGUGCCGAAAACGGUUUGGGGGAAGCCGCCCACCACCAGCCAGCUGAUGUCCAAGAUGGAGAGACGGAAGGAGCUCGUGUCCCCGGAGGUGGACUUUGACGACUUCAUGAUGCCUUUCAGCCAGAACAUAGAGAAGCUGCAGCCGGCAACAACCGCGGACAAGACCCCGAGGAGGUCCGGCACCAAGAAAUACUCUCCUCACACUCUGUCUGUUACCUGAGCCGACGGGCCGCCUGCGUCAAUCACAGACGUUUGAUUCACCGCGAAUAUCUAUUGAUCAUCACGGCUGUUUGUCCGCAUCAUGUUGCUAAACGUCGUCGGUAUCAGAAGAACGUCAAUAACUGUUGUUAAAGGACUUGUCAUUUCCUCACAAUAAUCUGUUUUCAUUAGGACACAACAAAUCGUAUUUUUGGAGCCCAUUCAGUAGUGUUCAGUAUACCCACAAUGCUUAGCAGAUACUGUUUGUACGCGAGGAGAACACAUAUAUGUACAUACUGUAUAUGAUUUAAUACACUGGAACUGAUUCAGCACGGUUAAA